GCCGCCGAGCGCAGCGCGGACUUCACCUUCGGGUGCUCGCCGGAGCUGAGGGGCCACAGGUCCCGCUCGCGCUCGCAGGAGUCGCUCUGGCGGGUCCAGCAGGGCGUCUCGCGGCUGGAGGGCUCGGUGCAGGAGCUGCGGUCCGACCUGGGCAACGUGCUGAAGGCCCAGACCGCCGAGCUGCGGAGGCACUUCGACGCGCAGGCCGAGCUGCUGCAGCAGGCGCUCCGGGCCGCUGUGCCGCGGCCCUCCGCGCCCGCGCGGGCCGCGCGGCCCCCGGUGCUGGCGCUGAGCGCGGCCUGG